CUGCGCUCGUUUCUCUACCGGACUUGUCGACGUUGAUAUUCCCUGGUCUACCCCAUGUGUCACCACCCAAGCCACAACAGCCUGUUGUCAUGGAGCGUGGAUCGGACGGUUUGACGUGGCAGGAGGCGAUAUCGCCGAUAUGAUUACGAUCCCAAUGGUGUCUGCCACGCCCACAAUUUUUCGUGUUGGCAAACUACGCGAGGUGACCCUUGGUUUGGCGGAGACGGCGACGCAACACCGCCGCGACAGUCAGCGCAGCAUCGCACAACGCAGUCUUUCUCAUUCGUUUGACGGUGCAGAGGAAGGGUCUCCUGGUGGGCCAGUUGACACACUYGAAAGAGAAGCAAGACCCCCAAGUCCAUCGUCAAACUCAGAGCAUCAUCCGAUUGUUGCGGCUGUCGGCGCAGAUGCGGGCGUCCCCGUCACAAACAGUGGCGCGGACGCGGCAGAACAGCUUGUGGUUGGGUCAUCGGCGACAGCACGGCGCGACAGAGCCACUGUUUUGCCGACAGUGGCAUUYUAUGCCAGCGGGAAGAGUACUGGGGGGAUGGAUGAGCAGGGAGUCCGAAAUGUUGGCAGGCCAUCUGCACCGUCUAUGGGGAAACGAUCUAUUGGGAGUGUGGAURGUGCUCGGCACACCGCCAUGGCAGAGUUUGAGGACCGACACGGGAGUGCUUUGCCGACGAAGACGUCUGAUGUCCAUGCUACGAGAGCCGCAAAGGCGAGUCUUUCUCGGGCAAGAAAGAAGGCCUCGGUAAGGAAGGCGUCACGUUCAUCCUCACAUAUGCGUUCCCGAGAGAGAGGAUCGAGCGUUGUGCAUCUCGAGGACGGAGAGAUGCCACCUGACGGUAACGCAUUGGAUGUUGGAGGGAAGGAUGCAACGACAGCGGAUAUCGUCGGCAGGGAGGGCACAGGGAAUGCAGUGGCAGGUCAGAAGAGACGCGGCACUGUACUUAUCGUCCACGACGACAGCACAGAUGUCGCCCCGGGAGAGACCACAGGCACUGAUGAUGCAGGGGACUCCGAUUACGUACCCAAACCACGGGCGGCAGAUGGAGAUGAUGGAGGAGGGCGACGAGUUGUCGUGGAGGGCGUAGCCGGAGACGGGGUCGAGGUCACUGAGUUUGUUGUAGAUGGUGGAGAAGUCGGGGCAAGAGAGAUAUCCUUGGGUGUAGCGAUGGUGGAGCGAUGGCAGGAGCUGGAUGUGCGUCAUGGCGGCGUAGACUUUCUCAGGGGGCUUGUGGUUGGGGCGGCGGGAGAGGGCAUCGGCAAUGCGGUUGCUCUUGCCAGGGGUGUGACAAAUGGUAAAGACGGUCCCGAUGGCAAAGUCGGAGGCAUCCGUGGUGACGAAGAAGUGGCGAAUGGGGUCGGCGAUUUUGAGGACAUGGGCAGUGGUGAUGAGCUCCUUGAGUUUGUCGAAGGCGGCUUGGUGGCGGUCUGUCCAGGCGAAGGGUUCGGUGGCACGGAUGAGCUCAUGGAGAGGGUAGGAAACGUCGGAGAAGUUGCGGAUGAAGGGGCGGUAGUAGUUGGCGAGUCCCGUCAAGGAGCGAAGUUAGAAUUUCUGGUCGCGGAGGAUGACGAGAACUUGGCGGAGAUGAUCAAGGUGGGACUCGAAGGUGGGGCUAAAAACAAGGAUGUCGUCGAGGUAGAUCACGACACAGACUUCGAGGAGGUCGCAGAAGAUGUGGUUCAUGGUGGAUUGGACUGUGGUGGGGGCGUUGGUGAGACCGAAAGGCAUUACGAGAAACUCGUAGUGCCCGAAGCGAGAGCGGAAGGCGGUUUUGUGGGUGUCCUCCUCGCGGAUGCGGAUCUGGUGGAAGCCACUGCGGAGGUCGAUCUUGGUGAAGUAUUUGGCUCUACGGAGGCGAUCAAGAAGUUCGGAUAUCCGGGGAAGCAGAUACUUGUUCUUGAUCGUGAUCCGGUUCAAGGCACGGUAGUCCGUGCACAUGCGGAGUUCCGAGGUGCCGUUCUUCUUGACGAAGAGACAGUUGGUGCCGAAGGGGGAGGAGCUAGGCUUAAUGAAUCCUUUUUCAAGGAGUUCACUGAGCUGGCGCUUCAUUUCUUCAGCCUCGGGGACGGAGAGCUGGUAUGGGGGGCGGCAAAGGGGGGAGUGGCCGGACUCGAGAUCGAUGGUGUGGGAAACACCUCGGUCGGGAGGUAGUCCGGUGGGCAAGGAUUCGGGAAACUCGUCUUUGAAUUCGAAUAG